AUAUUCGUAAUGAAAAAUGAGAUGGUUGACGAAAGUGGACCAAAGUGCUAGCUAGCUACGCAAAGUUGUUCCCAAAUAAGCCAGCUAGCUCACACGUCAUAACACAUAUCCGACUGAUAUAAAUAGCCAUGCAUAGAGUUAGCUCUAUAUAUCUAGCCAGAAAUUUAGUUGCUAGCUAGCUGCUUGAUCGAUCCAUUGUAUGUUGAGCGGUAACAUGAUGAAGGGUAAUAAGCAGCUGGGAUGCCUGGUUGCCGUGGCAGUAUUGGUCUUGUCCGCCGGAAGCCUGGACACUGCGGCAGCGCAGGCGGCCGGGCUGAAGAAGGGGUUCUACAAGAAGAGCUGCCCUCAGGCGGAGGACAUCGCGCAGAAGGUGGUGUGGAACCGCGUCGCCGGCAACCGCGAGCUCGCCGCCAAGUUCCUCCGCAUGUUCUUCCAUGACUGCUUCGUCAGGGGGUGUGACGCGUCGGUGCUUCUGGACUCGCCGACGAGGACGGCGGAGAAGGACUCGGCGCCGAACCUGUCGCUGGCGGGGUUCGAGGUGAUCGACGAGGUGAAGGCGGCGCUGGAGCGGGCGUGCCCGGGCGUCGUCUCCUGCGCCGACAUCGUCGCGCUCGCCGCACGGGACUCCGUGUCUUUCCAGUACGGCAAGAAGCUGUGGGAGGUGGAGACCGGACGCCGCGACGGCUCGAUCUCGAGCGACCAGCAGGCGCUGGACGAGAUCCCGGCGCCGUCCUCCACCUUCGACGUCCUCGCCUCCAACUUCUCCAGCAAGGGCCUCGGCGUCCAGGACCUCGUCGUCCUCUCAGGCGGACAUACCAUCGGAAUAGGAAACUGCAACCUCGUCAGCUCCAGGAUCUUCAACUUCACCGGCAAAAACAACCCCAGCGACAUCGAUCCUUCCCUCAACCCACCCUACGCCAAGUUCCUCCAGGGGCAGUGCAGGCGUAACCAGGCGGACCCGAACGACAACACGACGGUGGUGCCCAUGGACACCGGCAGCAGCACCUCCUUCGACAGCCACUACUUCGUCAACCUUAAAGCCGGGCAGGGGCUCUUCACCUCCGACGCCACGCUGGUCACCAACGCCCGCGCAGCCUCCCUCGUCGACAAGCUGCAGGACAAUGGCGUCUUCCUCGACCACUUCAAGAACUCCAUCAAGCGCAUGGGCCAGAUCGGGGUGCUCACCGGCGCCAAUGGCCAGAUCAGGAACAGAUGCAACGUCGUCAACUCCUAAGCUCUAUGCUAGAUCCACAAAUCGGUAUCUCUCACGCACUGGAAGAUGCAUAUUGUUUCCUAUGGUGUGCGUCUUCGCAUCUGUGACGUCCGUGCUAUGUUGUCGCCGUGAUCGAAGUUGGAGCACUACGUACGUGUAACGCUACUAAUAAUAAUUUAAAGAAAAUCACUGGAUGGAACUAUAGAAUAGAAAAGGCAAAA